GCUCCCCUUCCCCUCCAGUGUCUCCCACCCGCCCCUGCGGGCCCUCCCACUCCGCUCUCCCGGCUCCUGACAUCACGCCCCGGGAGGCGGGAUCGGGGAAGGAGGGGGACGUGGGGAGGAGGCUCCGCACCACCGAGAGGGAGGAGGGAGGGCGCGCACUCCCAGCCCAGAGCUUCAAAACAGCCCGGCGGCGUCGCCUCGCGCCCCAGCCCGUCGGUCGGUCCAGCCGCCAGCGCCCGCACAUCUCUCUCUCUGGGCUUUACACGCGACCCCUCAGCCCACGGUGCCUUGCGAAAAUGUUGGUGCUUCUGGCUUUCAUCAUCGUCUUCCACAUCACCUCCGCUGCGUUGCUUUUCGUUGCCACCAUCGACAAUGCCUGGUGGGUAGGAGAAGAGUACUUUGCAGAUAUCUGGAGAGUGUGCGUCAACAACACGAAUUGUACGGAAAUCACUGACUCCUUUAAAGAGUACUCCACGGUGCAGGCGGUGCAGGCCACCAUGAUCCUGGCCACCAUCCUCUGCUGUGUCGCCUUCCUCAUCUUCGUGCUGCAGCUCUUCCGUCUCAAGCAGGGAGAGAGAUUCGUUUUAACCUCCAUCAUCCAGCUCAUGGCGUGCCUGUGUGUCAUGAUUGCAGCUUCCAUUUACACGGACCGGCGUGAAGACUUUCACCAACACAACUCGGAUGUCUAUUUGCUGACCUCGGAGGGCAAAUACGGCUACUCCUUCAUCCUGGCGUGGGUGGCCUUCGCCUUCACCUUCGUCAGCGGCCUCAUGUACCUGAUAUUGAGGAAGCGCAAAUAGAACACUAGGAGCUAGGGCGCUUUCACUGCAGUACAGAAUUCACACUCAGAUAACCGUUUUGUAUAUAAUCAUUUUUUUGUGGUUUUUCUAGCAAACAUAUUGUUUCCUUUAAAAGCCAAAAGAAGAGAAGAGUUUUUGCAUUCUUGAGAUCAGAGAACAGACUAUGGAGGCUGGAAUUCAGAACUCCUGCCUGUCCGAGAGUCUCAACUCGACAAAGCCAAAAAUCCGGCAGUGCUCAAAUCCAAAAAUGUCCAGCAGGGUGUUUCCUAACCACGGGGAUGUGAUGUGAUGUGACGAGAGACUGAGAAAGCCAGGUCUCAGGGCACAUCUUCUAGGUUUGGGCCACACCAAGCCCCCCUCACCUCAGCCUUCCUUCCUGAGUCUCUCUGUGUUGGUGGUGGAAGGUGGGGUGAGGGGUCCGGGUGAGGGAUGACAUCUCCAAAUUCCAUGUGAGCAACAGGUAUCGCCCCUGGUGUUCUGUCUAUAUCCAGGCCAGAGCCCCAACCCUCCUGUGAUGGGCUGAGUUCAGAAAGCGCCACUCAGAUUUCCUGAGAACGGCAGCUGCUCGCCUUAGGGAAGGUCAUCUUUAACCUGGGGGUCAGAGUCAGGCUCACCCUCGUCUCAACAUGUGAUCCCUGGGGCCCCUUGAAAAAUGCAGACUAUCAGGGUCCCUGCCUAGACCUACAGAAUCAGGGUCUUCAGGGGGAGGCCCAGGAACCUGCAGCGAUGCUUUGGUGCAUUAAAAUUGAAGACCACAGUCCCAGGGCCAGGCGAGCAGAGCUGCCUCAAAAAUAGGAAAGAUCUCUGUCGAGGGGGCGGGUGGGUCUAGACCCCCCCGCAGGCUCAAACCUUGGCCUCCAUCAGCUCUUGAUGCUUCACGGUCUUCCACAGCUGCUUACAUCUGGACCACCCAAACUCCAGUCCCAGGCCAGGCAUCCUGACAGCCAGACGCCCUGGGGCAGCCUCCUGCCUGCUCUAACACAGAGGCCUCUCCCUUGUCUUCCUGCCCCGCCUUCUAAGGCUGGCUGACCUCUACUAAUCCCCAUUUCCAGGGCCUCGGAGGCCCUGUCACCAUUCAUUCAUUCGUUCAUUCGUCCAUCAACGUUAAUUAUGGAACCUUGUUUCGUGCCAGGCACCAUGUGGAGACAGUCUCUCUCCUCAGGGGGCUCAUAGUCUAAUGGAGGAGACAGAUGAACAACCAAUUAGGAAAACUAAUUACAAAGUGUGAUGAAGGCUGCAAAGAACACAACCAAGGAUUCAAAAGAGAGGCCCCUGGGGCGGGG